AUGAAGUUCACUCUCGCUGCUACUGCUCUCGCUACCGCUGCCGUCGUUGCAGCUGAGCCAGCUAUUAUCUCCGUCCACGCCAACAAUGCCCGUGUCGGUUACCUUUACGGUAUGCACGAGGGUGCUGGUUUCGACUACCUCUUCGUUGGUCCUACCGCUCAAAACUUGGACUACAACACCAACUCCAAGGUUAUCACUGCUCCAUUUGGCCAAUACACUGGUCAACUCGGUGUCGGUUCUUUCGCCCCUUACUUGGCUCUCGGCCCUGCUGUUACCCCACUUACUCUUUCUCUUGAUGACAAGAGAAAGAUCUUGAACUACAACUUCUUCUCUUGUCAAAACACUGGUGACCCAUACAGCUUCUCCAAGCUGACCCCGGUUAUUAUUGCCAAUGCUGCUGGCAACAACACCCUGCCAUUCCCAGGCUGCACCAACGUCGAGUUGUUCGUUAGAAAGCCUGCUUCUUCUUCUUCUUCCUCUGCUUCUGCUUCUGCUUCCUCCACUGUGUGGACUAACACCACCAUCACCAGCUACACCACUUACUGCCCAUUGCCAACCGUUGUGACCAUCACUUCUUGCGCUAACAAUGCUUGUGUUCCAACUGCCAUCACUGUCACCACUGCUACCACCAUUGUUUGCCAAUACUGUGUUGCCCCAACCACUGUUGCUCCACAAACCACCACAGCUCCAAAGACCACAGCUCCUGCUACCACUGCUCCUGCUACCAUCAGUGUUGUUGCCGGUGCUGCUAAGAACGCUAUCGGUGCUAUCGGUGUUGCCGGUGUUGCCGCUAUGUUGCUUUAA